CAAGAGAGACUUGGAGUCAGACACGCGAAGGACACGAGAGCUGAGCACUGCCAAACCCACAACACUGAAGAUGGAGACCGCCACCAUCACCGCCACGCAGACCGCCUUCGCUUUUGGACUUACCCUGCGCGCCCCGGCACAGGAGCGAGCGGCGCCCCCCGCCCUCACCAGCGCCAGCAGCAGCGACCACCAGAGCAAGGUGCUGAAGAGACAGCGCUCCGACUCGCCCGAGCUGCUGCGCUGCAAGCGGCGACUGACUUUCAACGGCUACUCGCUUCCGCAGCAGCAGCCGGUGGCCGUGGCGCGGCGCAACGAGAGAGAGCGGAACCGGGUCAAGCAGGUCAACAUGGGCUUCCAGACGCUGCGCCAACACGUCCCGAACGGCGCCGCCAAUAAGAAGAUGAGCAAAGUGGAGACGCUGCGGUCCGCGGUGGAAUACAUCCGCGCCCUGCAGCAGCUGCUGGACGAGCACGACGCCGUGUCCGCGGCUUUCCAAUGCGGGCUGCCGUCGCCCACACUUUCCAACACCUGCUCCGCCGACCCGGAGUCGCCGCACUCCGCCUACUCCUCAGACGAAGGCGGUUACGAGCCGCUGAGUUCGGAGGAGCAGGAACUGUUGGACUUCACCACCUGGUUCGACAGGUACUGAGGGAGUGGAACCAGAAGCGGACAUGUGAUGCGAUAGCUUCCUCUCUCACCUGCUUCUGCACAGUGGAUAACAGAGAGCGCGAGAGAGAGAGAGAGAGAGAGAGGCGGUGCGUGUGAGGGGCCCCUGCAGCAUCAGGGCCCCCCAAAACACCCGGACAGUCUCUGAAGAACUGUUGAGUUGAAUAAGUGCAAUUACUAUCCCAGCAGGUCCACAGUCUGCUGGAAGGCAAAGAUCAUACCAGUUGUUUGAACAUGAAGACAUAUUUUUGUACACUGAAUCAGAAGUGCGUGUAAGGUGUGUGCGCGUGUGUGUGGACAGCAAAAGGCCUACUACCUGUCUAGUUUGAUAAAUAGGUGAUAAGGAGACGUUCAUCCACGGAUCUGCACUUGUUCUCCGU